AUGGGUCUCGACUCGGGAGAGGGUGUAGAAGUAGCUGGACCAGCUGGAACUAAUCUCGCUGGUUGGACAAUUGUUCUAUACAGCGGUGCCAAACCAAAUAAAGCUGUAACUUAUGAUACAAUUAAUUUAAAUCGUGUGAUUACUAAUCAAGGCGGUGGAUACGGUACACUUGCAUUUCUUCAUGAGCCGAUUCAAAACGGACCCCAAGAUGGAUUCGCACUCGUCAAUCCGAGCAAUAAGCAUAUUCUUAUGGAACGUGGUAGAAGAUUAUAUGCUGAUUUACACUAG